AUGCAGUGGAAGUCACUCGUUUUUACUCUCGCCACUGCCGGAUCGGCUCUGGCCCGUUCUCACGGUUCCCACAAGCACCGACACGGCGCCCGUCAUGAGGCUGCCCAGGAAGUCGGCGGGUUCUACGACUCAGAGCCCGUCUACGUGACGGAGACCGCGUGGGAGUGCUGCACCACCAGCACUCUGUCCUCCAUUACUGCUACCGCGCCUGCGACAUUCGUCGAGAUCCCUGAGAUCCCUACCGAAACCCCGUCGUCCACGGAGAUUCCUACCUCUACUCAGACCCCGGUCGUCGAGACCAGCAGCAGCACCAGCACCCCGGUUCCCACCGAGACCGAAGCGCCGGCUACCUCGACCGAGACCCCUGCGCCGGAGCCCGAGACCACAUCCAGCUCUGCCGCUCCCACCUCCACCGAAGCUCCCACUGGCACCUCCGUCGACCACUCCGCCUGGACUAACUUCCCCUCCAGCGGCGAGUUCUCGUACAAGGGCUUCGGCGGGCGCACCUCGCAGUCCAUCACCGGCAACAAGUUCACCUACUCUGGCAAUGUCGGCACUCCCUGGGGUAGCAACAUCCAGGAAGUCAGCGCUGAGGAGGCGGCGCAAUACAAGUACGUCGUGCAGUUCCACGGCUCCAAGACCGACAAGUGGACCGUCAUCGUCUGGAACAAGAUCGGCCCGGACAUGAAGAUGACCGGCUGGUACGGCAACUCCGCCGUCUCCUUCUCCCUUGAGCCCGAAGAAAUCCGCUACGUCGCCUUCGACGAAAACUCCCAAGGCUCCUGGGGCGCCGCCAAGGGCGACUCCCUCCCCACCGACGAAUUCGGCGGCUACUCCUGCACCUGGGGUGAGUUCGACCUCGGCAGCGAGGUCAACGGCGGCUGGUCCGGCUGGGAUGUCUCGGCGAUCCAGGCCGAGGCCGCCGGCCAGCACAUCCAGGGCAUGAAGAUGUGCGCGCACGACGACACCAACUGCUCGAUCAUCACGACCGGCGCGAAGAAGGUCCAGGACGCGUACAUGGAGAAGGACAAGUGGGCGGAUGGCAUUGGCGGCAAGGUCGUGCCUGGCCCCGUCCGGAUCGUUACCCACCUUGACUACGACGAGUAA